UUGGUCAUAAUGGCAGGUGAAGAAAUUAAUGAAGACUAUCUAGUAGAAACUCAUGAAUAUUUAUCAACAUUUGAGAAUUCCAUUGGUGCUGUGGAUGAGAUGCCGAAGACCAUGAUGUCUGUUUCUAGAAAUGAGUUGUUGCAGAAGCUGGACCCACUUGAACAAGCAAGAGUGGAUUUAGUUUCUGCUUACACAUUAAAUUCAAUGUUUUGGGUUUAUUUGGCAACUCAGGGAGUCAAUCCUAAGGAACAUCCAGUAAAGCAGGAAUUGGAGAGGUUCAGAGUAUACAUGAACAGAGUCGAGGAAAUAACAGACAAGGAAAAGGCUGUCAAGCUGGACAGGGGUGCGGCUUCAAGAUUUAUAAAAAAUGCUCUGUGGGAACCAAAACCUAAAAAUGCAUCCAAAGUUGCCAAUAAAGGAAAAAGUAAAAAUUAACUUUUUGGUUUUG